CAUAUUGCUCAAGAAGGAGAUUUUCUAUAACUGGUUCUUCAUUAUUUCUUUUCUUUUUUUCUGGGAGCAUUUCUCCACAAUGUCUCGGACCCGAGUGAAUUCGGGUCGUGACGUCGGAGGCCCGCUUAAGGUUUUGGAUUCCAAAGGCGAUCGUCUCACGCCGUCGCUGAAAUUCGGCGUUCUGGUUCUCGCCGCCGUCUCGGCUUUCUUGGCGCUACACUCGGCGCUCACGGGCGGCACUCUCUGGUUCCGGCGGUGCCCGGUGUGCAGCGGGGCUACCCAGAGUUUCGCCCCGGCACCCGAGAUUUACGGUUCCAUCCCGCCGACCGACAUUUCCCACGUUGUAUUCGGCAUCGGCGGUUCGAUCAAGACGUGGGAUCGCCGGAAACAGUACUCCGAGCUCUGGUGGCGCCCGAAUGUCACCAGAGGGUUCGUUUGGCUGGACGGAGAACCCGACCCGACAGGCCCGCCGUGGCCGGAGACUUCCCCUCCGUACCGGGUAUCGUCCGACUGGAGGAGAUUCAAACACACCCAUUCGCAAUCGGCGGUGCGGCUGGCCCGGAUCGUGGUGGACUCGUACCGGGUCGGGUCGGACGCGCGGUGGUUCGUGAUGGGGGACGACGACACGGUGUUCUUCCCGGAGAACUUGGUGGCGGUGCUGGGGAAGUACGACCACCGGGAGAUGUACUACGUCGGCGGGAACUCGGAGAGCGUGGAGCAGGACACGAUGCACGCGUACGACAUGGCGUUCGGCGGCGGCGGCAUCGCGGUGAGCCGGGGGCUGGCGGCGGAACUGGUCAAGAAAAUGGACGGCUGCCUGGACAGAUACUUCUACAUGUACGGCUCAGAUCAAAGGGUGUGGGCGUGUGUAGGGGAGCUCGGUGUGUCUCUCACCAGAGAAUCCGGAUUUCACCAGAUGGACAUAAGAGGGGAUCCAUUUGGACUUCUAGCAGCUCAUCCACUGGCACCAUUGGUAUCCUUCCACCACCCUGAAAGUGUGAGCCCACUCUUCCCCAACCAAACCCAACUCCAAUCGUUCAAAACCAUCGUCGAGUCGUACGAGACCGACCCAGCCCGAACACUGCAACAAUCCAUCUGCUACAGCAACCGGCGGGCUUCCGUGUCACUCUCAUGGGGCUACGUGGUCCAGAUAUAUCCUCGGGUUCUGACUCCCAAGGAGUUGGGAACGCCAUUGCAGACAUUCCAAACGUGGCGCACUUUUCGCAAUGGGCCCUUCACGUUCAAUACCCGGCCCGUGAGCCCUGACCCGUGCGAGCAGCCCGUUGUGUUUUAUCUAGAUUCGAUCCAGCGGGCCCCGCAGGGCGGGACGGUCACGACAUACAAGAAGUUUGUUGAUCGGACGCAAAAUAAGUGUCGCGGUAUGAACUACAACCGCGCGUUUCGGUUUGAGAACGUUGUUGUCACGGCGGAUAUAAUGAACCAUGAAGAGUUGAAACAGAUGCGACGAAGACAAUGCUGCGAUAUUGAGGAGAGUUUCUGGGGUAACGUCAUGAAAAUUAAGGUUAGGAGAUGUAAACCACGGGAGGCUUUAAUCAUCCCUUAGACUCUAGUUAGUUAGUAGAAUAGUAGGUAGUGUAAAUAAUACUGCCUCUUUCAGUCCCAAAGUUUGACAAAUUUUGAUAAUCAAUUGAAUAAAAAUUCCAUUGUGUAUUAACACAAAAAUGAAUUUAUCAAAUUAACCUUGAAAAAUACCUUUAAAAAAUCACGCCGUUGCAUUAAUAUGCAACGUAGUUUUUGUUUCAUUGAUGAUCAAACAAAAUCAAACUAGGCAAAUACCUUGGGACAAAAGGAGUGAUAUGCAUAGAUCUUCUAAAGAAGCAGAGCCAUGUGCAAUAUAGAAGGGGUAUUUCA